GGCUCCCGUUUCCCUACAUAGUGCACUACUUUUGACCAGAGCCCAUAGUAGUGCACGAUAUAGGGAAUAGGGUGCCAUUUGGGAUGCAAAUCUAUGUGUGUUACCUUGGACUCCCCUCGGCUCCCCCAAUUCAUGUGUGGAAUCCCAUUGUUGGUGGGGACAUCAUUCAGGCUAGUGUUUUAAGGUCUGGAGAAAGGGAGGGAGGGAGGCUGGUUCUCGGUCCUAGUUCAUUAGAGCUGUGUUUGGAGGACUGCACUGAGAGUGGGCACUACGUCUGAACCUGACAGCUACACUUUGGUGAAUAGGUUAGAAGAUUCACAGAUCUGUGGGAAAGGGCCAAGAAGACAGGAGUCUGAGGUUUGGAGUAUCUGACCGUAGAGAAGCCAGAGAGAGCGAGAGUCCCUUUGAAGAUGACAUCUGCCAGUUUGGUGUUAGCCUGGCUCCUGCUCGCUGUGAGGACAGUCACCUCUGCUGUGUAUCUGGAGCCUGAGGAGGAGGGGUCAGGGGGACAGGAUUUUUUAAGCGUUGUCCCGCUGACCCCUUCCUCUCUUCUAGAGCUCAAUGAAACUGUCCUCUGCACCAAUGACCAGAUGGAGGUGGUCAUUCCCAGUGCCUUCUUCCUCAAUAAAUUGCCACCCAUUUAUGUCUGGGAUUUGCACCUAAAUGACCCAGAGUGCCGUGGUGUCGAGAUUGAAGAUGACUAUGUCUUCAGCAUCAAGACUAAUCUCUCUGACUGUGGGACAAUCAUGGCAUCGGAUGAUACACAUAUUAUGUUCAUUAACACCAUACGCAACAACGAUUCGGAUGUCAUCACAAGGAACUACAUAAACAUCACGUUUGUCUGCCGCUACCCAAUAAACUACAUGGUCCGGCAACCUAAUGGGGAAAACAUGAUCAGGGUGGAUGUCAAGAUGAUCACUCUGAACACAGAAGAUGGGAACUUCUCUGUGUCCAUGUUGCUGUAUAAAGACAAGGACUUUGAGGACAAGUGGACCACUGUGCCCUCACUGACACUGGACGACAACAUCUACGUUAAAGUUUUCAUGAUACCGGCUCAUCUUUUGCUGCGUGUGGAGAGAUGCUGGGCUACCCCAACCAACGACCCGUACAGUAACAUCCAGUACACCUUCAUUAAGGACAGCUGCCCCGUGUUGUCAAACGAACAGACAUUGACAGUGCUGAAGAAUGGACAGGGGCCAGAGGCUAUGUUCAGGAUACAAAUGUUCAAGUUCGUGGGCAGCUCUUACAAGGAUGUGUUUCUCCACUGCAAUGUUCAGAUCUGUCACAACACACCUGGGGUCUGUCAGCCUAACUGUUCUGUUGAGGAUAGCUCCAGGCGGAUGAGAAGAGAUGUUGCCAUGUCCCAUACAGUAUCUUAUGGACCAAUCAGGCGACGUCUGCCUGAGAGUGACCAACCCAGCCUGAACUCUGGAGGUGUGCUUUCGUUGGAGACGUUUGUCCUGGGAGGACUGCUGGUGGUCCUACUGCUGAUCACUGGAGUGUUCGGGAGGCUGUGGCUGAGAACCAGACACUCCUACCCAGCACAGGAGGCUGCUCAGCUCACUCUGUCCAAUAUACACCACAUCUCAGAGGUAGCCUCCUAAGAUAGCCGAGCAGACCAGUAGUCCAAGCUAUGAGAACAGAUGUCAAACGGUGCAUUCAUACAUAAAUCUACAAAAGCAGACACACAAAUGCAAGCAUGCACAGGCAUGCAUGCAGUGGUGUAGUGGAGGGUGUAUGCAAGUAUACGCCGAAUACACACAUUUUUCAGUGGGCAUUGCGUAUACUCACUUCUUAAUACCCACAAUGUGUAUUGAAGUAGUGUAGUGGAGGUAUACGCUGUAUCAAUUAAUAAGGCUGAUGGGACAGAUCAGAAUGUUUAGCUUAAAAUGUUGAUAAACUAUUAUUUCUUCAUAUUUUAGGCGCAGCAAUGUGCUCAAGGCUGUAGGAAAUACACUAAUGUUCCAAAAUGGAAUUUGCGGGAAAACUCUGUUCUAAAAUGCACACCGGGUUUCAUGGACAGAGAUGGAAAUAUCAGUUAGACAUUUUUAAAGAGGCAAGAUCUAAAGAUGCAACAACUAUCAUGGGUUGAUAAUAUGACUAGGAUAAUGCCUUUGGCUGCUAGACAAUGAAAGAAAGUUGAAAGAAAACCAAUAGAACAGGAGAAUGCAUAUGAGGAAGUCUUUAUAAAAUAAUUGCCUCCACAUUUCUAUGAUUUAAGGAACAAUUAAGGAACAGUAAAAAUAUAGUGAUGCUAAUGAUAGGCCUAAACGUCUUCUGGUAGAUGAAACGUCUUUCCCAAAAACCUUCCCAAUUAAAUGUUAACUAGCCACAAAGUAGCCUAUGCCUAUCUGGCAGAAUGAUAUCAUGAUUAUUUGCAUUAAUCCAGUGGUCAUUUGUUUUGCAACUCCAUCUUAUGUGCUACAGAAACACUGCUAACAAAGCAACAGUGCUAGGUGCCUGUUCACUUGAAUUAAAGGAUAACUACACUCAAAAAUACAAAUGUCUUAGGUUUUUCCCAGACCUCAAAAAGGGGUCUCUGGAUGUGGUUUAAGCAUUGUUAUGGACUUAGAACAUCCAAUUGUGUUUUUCUAUUUCGAAAAACCUAUUUUAAAAAAAUAAUAAGAAUCUGAAACCUGUGUAUUUCUGUCCAAGUUGACAGCUGCAUUUAUCUGUUUCAAUAGUAGGCCUUCUAUUAGCUUACUUGCACAGUACAGAUUGGGUUGGCCUGAUUGUGAAAGACCAAUAUGGGAUUUAUCAUAUUAGUCCAUUCAGAGUGUAUGUCACCAUUUCUCAUAGAAUUCUUCACACAGGGUGCCUUUCCUUCACCUUGUGGGCCGUUUGGUAAAUUUCUGGCAAACUUUGAGUAUACCCACUUCUCCAGGCACCACUACACUCACUUCAUGCAUGCACGUGCACCCACACAAAUUAAACUGUUGCAUAAGGAAAGAGGAAACCAUGAAUUUAGUGUACUUUUGGGUGUAUAUAAAAUAUCAGUGUAGAAAUCAGGGAUUUUGAAGAUGUAUAAAACUGAAAACAUCUCAGUCUGUAACAUAUGGGUUUUCACAGUUUUUUGUAAAGAAAAAAAUAAAGGUAUUUCAAAGA